AUGGAGAAAGAGACUAGGGAGGAAUGCUUGAUCGGUCCGGAUGACUUGAUGGACUCAAGGCAUUUCAACGUGUUCUUCGCCACUUUUCGUGCCUUUGCCCAGCCGGUUGAUGUGCUUGAUCGAAUGUUGAGGAGAUAUGAAUCCCUAGAAUGCGACUCCGCCGGCAGCACCUCGGCCUUGGUCAUCCAAAACUCGAUUCGCUCGGUGCUGAUCUGUUGGAUGGACAUGUACCCAGAGGAUUUCUACUCCAUCGAAACAGACUUUGCCAUGCUCACAAAUCUAUUGGACUUUGGUUUAAAACACAAAAUGCCCGAUGUGAGAGCAAAAGCGAGAAUUUUACGUGAAAAAUUCAAGAAAAUCGCGAGUCAAGGAGGAAUGAUUGCCGCUCUUCCAUCACUGGAUCAACUCGCUUAUGCAUUUGGAUAUGAGCACGCGGAUUAUGUGAACAAUGCAAGGGAACGGGCGAAGAUGUUCGAUGUUGGAAGGGGAAAUUGCGUACAAAUUGCUGAGCAACUCACCUUUUGGGAUGCGGCUCUCUUCAAAGAGUUGCUCACUCAUCAAUGUCAGGGUUGUAUGUGGUCAAAGAGGGAAAAGGUGAAACCGGACAAAGUUUACACUGUAAAGGCCACGAUAGAUCAGUUUAAUGCGGUUUCUCGGCGCGUGAUGACCUCGAUUGUUUUGCCCGAUUGUCGACCGGAUUUUCGGGCAAAGAUCAUCGCGAAAUGGAUCGAUAUUGCCAGGGAGUUGAGAGCCUUGAAGAACUUCUCUUCAUUGAAAGCUGUGAUUUCUUCGCUUCAGUCAGAGCCAGUUCAUCGAUUAAAAAGCACAUGGGCUUUGGUGCCAAGCCGUUCUUUGACCCAAUUCCGUGAGCUGGCCUCGAUUUUCGCUACCGAUGUCGAUGGGGAUGAGCAGAACGCUCGUCGAAUAUUGGAUGAGGAGGGUACGGCUAAAUCGUCACCCCUGCGAAGACCUCAAUUGAUUCAGAAUUGUCGCCGAACAAAAAGUGAUGUGAAUUUGGCUGAAUGCCAAGGAACUGUUCCUUACCUUGGCUCUUUCUUGACGGAUUUGACAAUGAUCGAUCAAGCGGCUUCAGAUUAUACAGAAGAAGGAUUGAUCAACUUCGACAAACGGCGUCGAGAGUUCGAGGUGUUGGCCAAGUUGAGGCUAUUCCAAUCAGCCGCUCGAGCCUACAAAAUCCCGAUGGAUCGAGAGUUCUGUGCUUGGUUCUUCUAUUUGCCUUGCUUGUCGGAAGAUGAUUGCUUCCAACGCUCAAUGGAGAUCGAGAGACCCCCAGCAAUCUCCACUCCAGAUUUGAAUUCGAGAAAUCACAAUCUAUCAAGUGUGAACAGUUCAAGCUCAAAUAUGAAUAAAAGUAACACUUUGUCACGACUGUUCAACAAUUCGAGGACAAGCGAGGACAAUCAUUCGAUUUCUGGUAGUGGCACGCCGUUGAUGGGUCAAAAUUCGAGAGAUUCUGGAAUCCACAAUGACGAUUGGACUGAUGGAGGGAGUGGAACACCGGCAAUGUCAAGAAUGGCCGACUCGGGUCAUCCAACCUCUUCAUCAACCGCUCCAUCCACUCCCGCAUCGACGAUUUCGGGUAAAGCCGGCCGCAGCAUUUUCUAUCACACCCCACCGCAUAUUGGCAGUGAAUUCUCACCAAUGGCUAUGUUCCAGCCACAUCAAAGGACCCAUUCAAGUGAUUCGCAUGAUCGGGCCAGACUACCGCCUGAUUAUCCGCGCUUGUGGUCACCGAAGAUGAAACACCGCUCAGCCUCAUUUGAUCGUGGUGUCAUUCAUCGAGUCUCACAUGGAAAUCAACUAAAUGGACAAAUCGGUGCUAGACGGGGAACCCUCCCACCCGGUCUACCCCUUCCUCAUCACAAUGACGCCUCACAGCGACGCGAACCCACUUCGGCAUCGACCGUGUCUUCUGGAUCAUCACAAUCAAACAAUUCCACGCCGACCUUUCAUUUGGCGAGAGUUGGAUUGGAUGAUGCGUUGCAGCCGGAAGGAAGUGGGGGUGCCAAUUACAAGUGCAUUAAGGUCGAAAAUGGUGAUCGAAUGCCGGAGUUGAUCGAGCGGAUUCUUGAGAAACACCUCAUUGAUGGAGACAAAAGCGAGUUCUGUUUGGUGCAACUUUUGGAAAAUGGAGGCGAAUUCCAAUUGCCCGACAAAUGCAAUCCAUUCUACGCGAUGGCUCCCGACAAAUCCCAUAUGUUCAAUUUGAUUCUAAGACGGAGAAAGGAGUUGGAUGGUGGCUCUCAAUCACCGGCGUUAGGUCCAUCGGCGAAGAAAUUAAACAAAAUGAAGAGGAGCAACCUGUUGAGAUGGAGUAGUGGAUAUUUA